AUGGAGCUCCAACUUGGCCUCGCUCUUCCCCUUCACACUCAAACCCUCAAACCUAAGCCUAAGCCUAAGCCUGCUAAUUCUCCACGCUCUACAAACCCCCUUUCCCACACAUUGCCUUUGCCUUUGCUCUCUUGGAACCACAACCCCAACGACGAAGAUGAACACAACAACCCCACACCCACACACUUCUCCACUCUUCACCAGGAGGAUGAGGAUGAAGACAAGAACCGGGUAGUGGGGUGGCCGCCCGUCGAGUCAUGGAGGACCAAGGCGUUUCACUGCCGCCCUCACCUGCCGCCGCCGCCGCCGCCGCCGCUGAAUUGCCGUCGUCCAGUAGCAGGACAUCGCAGUUUGUUCGUGAAGGUGAAAAUGGAGGGUGUUGCAAUAACGAGGAAACUUGAUCUCGGCCUCUAUCACUCUCAUAACUCCCUCAAAAAUGCCAUAAUCUCCAUGUUCGCUCCAUAUCAAGGGAUUGAUCAUAACAACGGUUGGGAUUUUACGGUGAUCUACGAAGACAAAGACGGUGAUUGGCUUCUAGCAGAAGAUCUUCCAUGGAAUUCCUUCGUGGAGUCUGUGCAACGUCUCAAGAUACUGGUGCGGAAGAGAAACGAAGGAGAAUGAAAUUUACGUAUAUACCACCCGUAUUAUUUCCGACAUUUUAGUAUUUAUAUGAGAAUAUUUUACUUUUAUAAG